UAAAAUUACUAGCCUUAGUUGUGAUGUACGGUAUAAUUUUCCUGCAGCCCUAAUUUAAAAAUAGAGCAGUCGGUCGGAAGCCGAGAUCUUGAAACUGAAAACGAAUGCAGGAUGGAGGGGUUUAUCGGGUGUAAGGGAUGAUGGCCGAGGCUUUUUGAUCCCUUUCCAUUUCAUUUCAUUCUCUUUCCCCGGUUUGGAACCAUCCAUCCUCCAUGUGGGCUCUUCGUCGAACUCCCAAUCCACUCAAGUUCCAGGGAUUGAGUGUAGUAGCUUCUCGAGUUUGUUGUGCUAAAUCAGAAAUAUUUUCUAAUUAUCUAAAAGGUAAUUCUUUUAUUUAUGAGUCUCCUCAAGUAGCAUCACGGAAAUGCCUAUUUUACCACAUUGGAGCUAUUUUUUCAAAGUUCUCUAUGUUAACGCAAAGUAAAUCGUCACAAGAAGGUGAGGAAAGCAGUGAAUCAGAAGAUAACUUAAAGGACGGGUUUUCUGAACUCAAAGUACCAGCUAGUGUCAAUGCUAUUGAAGAGAGAAAUGCGAUAAAUGGAAAUGAAAAUGAGUUGGCUUCUGAAUUUGGGCUUUUUGAUGAUGAUGAGCAUGAUGUUGGAGAACACUCCGUAAAAAUUAUGGAAUUAUUAGAUGCUGAAGCAAAUUCAGGGGAGAAAACAUCAAUGAAGGGAAGUGCUGACGCAGAACUGUUUCAGGCCAUCAUUAGCACUCCAGCUUCCUAUAUCCAUGGUGUUCUUGAUAAGUGGGUGGAAGAAGGAAAGGAUUUGGAUCGAUCAGAGAUCUCGCUAGCCAUGCUUAAUCUUUAUAAGUGUAAAAUGUAUAAGAGGGCCUUGCAGCUCUCAGAGUGGUUGGAGGCCAAUAAGCGACUGGACUUUAUUGAGAUCGAUUAUGUUUGUCGCAUUGAUUUGAUUGCAAAGGUCAGUGGCCUUGAUAAGGCAGAGAAAUAUUUUGAGAUGAUCCCAAAAUCAUUCAGAGGGGAAGUAACCUACAGAACUUUGUUGGUCAACUGUGCUACUGCUAAUAAUGUGAAUAAAACAGAGCAAGUAUUCAACAAAAUGAAGGUUCUUCAAUUCCCAAUCACAGCAUUUGCGUGUAAUCAGCUACUUCACCUUUACAACAGGGUUGACAAGAAGAAGAUGGCUAAUGUUUUAUUAUUAAUGGAGAAAGAAAAUGUCAAGCCUUCACUCACUACUUAUCGAAUCUUAAUUGAUAGCAAAGGCCAGUCCAAUGACUUAGCAGGGAUGGACCAAAUUGUAGAAAACAUGAAGGCUGAAGGCAUUCAACCUGAUAUUGUAACCAAAGCAGUCAUUGUGAAGCACUAUGCUUCUGGUGGUCUCAAAGAAAAAGCUGAGGCUAUUUUGGUAGAGAUGGAAGGAGGAAAUUUAGAAAAGAAUCGUGGGGUUUGUAGGUUUUUGCUUACCCUAUAUUCAUUACUUGGAAAAGUUGAUGAAGUGGGGAGAGUUUGGAAGGUCUGCGAGUCAAGUCCCCUGCUAAAGGAGUGUUGGGCUGCUAUCGGAGCUUGGGGAAGGCUGAAGAAAAUUGAUGAAGCUGAGGCUGUUUUUAAUAUCAUGUACAAGACUAGGAAGAAACUCUCUUCAAGACACUAUGAGGGGCUUUUGAAGGUUUAUCUGAACCAUAAGAUGCUAGCAAAAGGGAAAGAUCUCGUCAAGCGAAUGGCAGAUAGUGGAUGCCACAUUGUCCCAUCGACUUGGGAUUAUCUUGUUAAGCUUUAUGUUGAAGCAGGGGAAGUGGAAAAAGCGGAUUCUAUGCUGCAGAAGGCUACUCAGCAGAUGCAGAUUAGGCCAUUGUUUCGUUCUUACAUGGCCAUUAUGGAUGAGUAUGCAAAACGAGGUGAUAUACAUAAUGCAGAAAAUGUAUUUUACAGGAUGAAACGAGCAGGUUAUGUGCCUCGACUUAGACUUUUCAAUGCUCUACUCCAGACUUACAUAAAUGCAAAGGCUCCAGCCUAUGGGAUUAGGGAGAGGAUGAAGGCAGAUAAUAUGUUCCCAAACCAGGAAUUGUCUGCCAAACUACACCAGGUAGAUUCAUUUAGGAAGUCAAAAUUGUUAAAUUUACUUGAGUGAAAAUGUAGGUGGUUUCUGAUGCAGUUAAUACAUUACUUUGUUGAAAAAAAUGGACAAGUAAAAAAAGCAGCAGUCCAAACAAUGUCUAACUAGUUAUCAAUGUCUUGUAAUCUUUCAUUAUUAGCAGAUGAAACCAUUUAGGUACUUGCAGGAA